CCGGGCGCCAUGGGGCCGUCGGGGCCCGCGCUCCUGCUGCUGGGCCUCGGCUGCCUCCUCGCCGCCCCCGAGCCCGACCCGUGGGGCUUCUCCUGGUCCGAAGUGGUCAUCCCCCGGAGGCUGACCCCCCGGGGCGGGGAGGCCCAGGAGCCCGGCCGGCUGUCCUACCUGCUGCCCCUCGACGGCCGGAGGCACGUGCUGCACCUGCGGCCCAAGCAGCUGCUGCUGCCCCGCCGCCUGCCCGUCUUCACCUUCACGGCCCGGGGCGAGCUGGUGGAGGAGCAGCCCCCCGUGCCCCACGACUGCUACUACCGCGGGGCCGUGGAGGGCGCCCCGGAUUCCCUGGCCACCUUCAGCACCUGCUUCCGGGGGCUCUGGGGGAUGCUGCAGCUGCACGGCCGCCUCUACCAGGUGGAGCCCCUGCCGGCCUCCGCCACCUUCGAGCACCGGGUGUCCCGGCUGGACGACCGGCCGCUGGGCAGCCGGACCUGCGGCCUCACCGACCGGGUGAUGGCCCGCCAGCUGGCCCAGAGCCAGCCGCCGGAUCGCCCCAAGCGCCUAGACUCUUCCGUUUCCGUUAAGCACCCGAAGCACGUGGAGUUGGGGGUGGUAGUGGACCACCUGAGAUUCAAAUUCAAGAAUCGUAAUGUAUCAGAGGUGUUGAGAGAAACGCUGAUCAUAAUAAACUUUAUGGAUUCGUUUUAUGAGCCCCUCAAUGCCGACAUUUCGCUGUCUGCCAUUGAGAUUUGGACAGAGUCGAAUCAAAUAAACGUUGACUACAAAGAUUUGCUCGAAGUGUUCCUGGAAUUCCAAGCCUGGCAAGUGACGCAUUGGCUCCCACGGGCCCACUACGACCAUGCUCACUUCUUUGCAUUUCAGAAGUACGACGACACUCUGGGAUGGGCCAAUGUAGCAUCUGUUUGCAGCAGAACCGAGCUCAUGGCAUCUACCACCUCGCAAAGGGGUCUGAACCUCAUUAUGGAUGCGGUCCUUGUGGCCCACGAACUGGGCCAUUCCCUGGGCAUGCUUCAUGACGGCCAAGACUGCAAGUGUGCCCAAAAGGCCUGCAUAAUGAAUGCGGUGAAUGCCUACGCCUAUCAUUUCAGUAACUGCAGUUCUCAAAGCUACUUUGACUUUGUAACCUCUGGGGCCGAAUGUCUGAACAACUUCCCGGAGGAGGUUGCGGAGCCCCAGUGUGGCAACAAACAGGUAGAAAUGGGAGAGGAGUGCGACUGCGGCACAAAGAAAGAGUGCCAGGCAGAUCCCUGCUGUCAGCCAAACUGUAAGAUGAGGCCUGGGGCGAAAUGCACUUCUGGACUAUGCUGUGAGCAGUGUCAGCUUCUUCCAGCUGGAAAAAUAUGCAGAGAAAAACAAAAUGAGUGUGAUCUAGAAGAGUUUUGUAACGGGACCACGCCACUUUGUCCAGAAGAUGUGUAUGUGCAAGACGGAACCCUCUGUAACGACAACGGCCACUGCUAUCACAAGGGUUGUUAUCUUCACCUCCGGCAGUGCCAAAACAUUUUCGGUCUCCAAGCAAAGAAUGCUCCCUUGAGGUGCUAUAAUGAAUUAAAUUCAAAAGGUGACCGGUUUGGUAACUGUGGCAUUUCACAGAACAGGUACAUGAGGUGUGCAGCUGAGGACGUACUGUGCGGGAGAGUGCAGUGCAGCAAUGUGAAAGCCCUGCCUCCCAUGCCAGAGCACACGACGCUCAUUCAGACUCAUCUGAAAGAGAUCAAUAUCAUGUGCUGGGGGAUCGACUACCAUAUGUCAAUGAAUGCAAUGGGGUUGCAAGAUAUUGGGGCUGUGGAAGAUGGUACCCCCUGCGGCCCAGGCAAGAUGUGUAUUAACAGGACCUGCCAGAAUGCCUCUGUCCUCCACUUUGACUGCACCCCAGACAAGUGCAACAAGCGAGGGCUAUGCAACAAUCAGAGACACUGCCACUGCAACUACGGCUGGUCCCCACCGUUCUGUGAGUUACUCGGUUUCGGAGGCAGCAUCGACAGCGGCCCCGCAGGGAAAAGCAACGAGCCGCGUAAGCCCUUUUUGACCAUAGUGGCUCUCCUUGUGCGACUCCUGCUGUUUGCUGCAUCCUUUCUCCUCGCCACCUUUUUUGGAGUAAUUGAGAAACUGAUACAGAAGACCAAGGCAAGGAAUCAUCUGAAAGACCAGGACCCGGAACUUAGGAGGAAGAAAAAUGUAACGUGGAUGAAACAAGUGAGAUGGGACAAACCAGUGAGAACAAGAGAUCACUGAAUUGUAUAGCUACCAUAGUGCCUUUUGCUGUUUCCUUCACUGACAUCAUAGUCACUUUAUUUCUCUGAGACCCCAAACAAGACUCUUCUUCGUUUAUUCUCUUUAAAUUAGAAAAUAAAAGUUAAUUUCACUUUGU